CGUAUCCUAUCCAGGGAAAAAAAAAGUACAAAUUCUAAAUUUUAGUGCGCUGCUAGAAACCUGUAAGAAUCCUGAGAACUAACAUCCUUAGAAAACUGUAAAAUCAGUUACCCAUUUCCUGGAAACCCAUCAGAAGAGAAAACGUAGAAAAAUUUAGAAAAGAAAAGAAAAAAAGUGUACCUGAAAGGUGGAAUCUUCACGGAUGACUCUACCUUUUCCAGUUCAAAAGAAGAUCUUUCUUUGAGUCUCGAGUUUGGGUCCGGGUCAUCUUAAAUUCGGAUCCUGGAAGCAUGUCAAUGGAGUCUGGGUCAGGGGAUCACAGCAUCAAAGGAAUACCAACUCAUGGUGGACGCUAUGUCCAGUACAACGUUUAUGGUAACUUGUUUGAAGUUUCCAGGAAAUAUGUCCCUCCUAUUCGACCCGUUGGCCGUGGUGCUAAUGGUAUUGUCUGUGCUGCUGUGAAUUCAGAGACACGGGAGGAGGUUGCUAUCAAGAAAAUCGGUAAUGCAUUUGACAACAGGAUUGAUGCCAAAAGGACAUUGCGAGAGAUCAAGCUUCUUCGUCACAUGGAUCAUGAAAAUGUGAUUGCCAUCAAAGACAUCAUACGGCCUCCACAGAGGGAGAACUUUAAUGAUGUCUACAUCGUUUAUGAACUGAUGGACACUGAUCUUCAUCAAAUCAUACGAUCCAACCAAUCAUUGACAGAUGAUCAUUGUCGGUACUUUCUAUUUCAGAUUCUACGAGGGCUCAAAUACGUACAUUCAGCCAAUGUUUUGCAUCGUGAUUUAAAGCCCAGCAAUUUGCUUCUGAAUGCAAAUUGUGACCUUAGAAUUGGAGAUUUUGGGCUUGCAAGGACAACAUCUGAAACUGAUUUUAUGACAGAAUAUGUAGUUACUCGUUGGUACCGGGCACCAGAAUUGCUUCUGAAUUGUUCUGAAUACACUGCUGCAAUUGAUAUUUGGUCGGUUGGAUGCAUACUUGGUGAAAUCAUGACUAGACAACCCCUUUUCCCUGGCAAAGACUAUGUGCAUCAGCUGAGGCUUAUCACGGAGCUUAUAGGUUCCCCUGAUGAUUCCAGCCUUGGGUUCCUUCGAAGUGACAAUGCCAGAAGAUACGUUAGACAGCUUCCACAAUACCCAAGGCAAAAUUUCUCUGCUAAAUUCCCUAACAUGUCACCUGGUGCUGUUGAUUUGCUAGAGAAGAUGCUCAUCUUUGAUCCCCAUCGGCGCAUUACAGUCGAUGAGGCUCUAUGCCACCCGUACUUGGCACCUCUUCAUGAAAUUAAUGAGGAACCAGUUUGCCCAAGGCCUUUCAGUUUUGAUUUUGAGCAACCAUCAUUUACUGAAGAAAACAUCAAGGAGCUCAUCUAUAGAGAAUCUGUAAAAUUCAAUCCUGACCCAAUUCACUGAACAUGAUGUGUUGUAUAUGCCUGGAAAUGUACCUAGUGGCUCUGGUUUGCUGCAAUACUAUGUAGGACUCAUCGGUCCCUUUGAGAUUACAAAGAUAUGGACUCGGAUAAGAAUACUCUUAAACAGAAUGAGAGUUUAUUCAACUUUCAUUCCACAUCUCUUGCUGCCUUCUGCAUUUGAAUUUGCUGCCAACUGCCCUGCUUAUCAGAAUGAGCAUCAACCUCUAGUUGGAGCAGACUCUUCUUUUCACUGUAGAUAGAUUAGUUAUUUGCGCAGAUGACGGGUUUUUAGGUUCCUCCUGGAAUUCCUUUCGAUCUGGCUUUUUAGGUAUCCUGUUGAAUUGGUGAUAGGUGGUUUUGUUUUGCUUGUAUCAUAGAAGAUUUCAUAGUUCCUUUGCUCUAAAACUCAGGCGUGAUGACAAUGUUCAGGACAAAUGUCAGAUGUCUUAUGCUGGUGAAUAAUGAUACUCUCUAUGUUUGUACUACCAGAAUCUCCCAAGCAGUUUUUCAUGGAUGAUCUAUAACACAUAUAAGUAUGAGAGUUCAAUUAUUUUGUAAGUCUAUAAUGUAACUCUUUUUGGUAUUCGAAGUUGUCAAGAUUUUCAGAGGCGGAUGCGCAUG